AGGAAAAAACGCCACCACCUCUUCCCACGAACUCCAUUCAAGUCUCCACUGAGUUUAAUGCAGGAACCCCACCUGUCGCGCUCGUUCCGAUGCAUGCUGACACAACAAGAAAAAACGCUUUGCAAACUGCGCGAAAACUUCCAAGCAAAGUCCACUCCGGGAAGUGGUCUUGACGGCAAUCUCCAACGUUUCCUAAAAUUCAUCGACCGAGUCGUCCCACUUGCUCGCAAUUCCCGAAACGCCAUCCUAUCUUGACCGUAACCAUCGCUGCGGAAACAGCAGACGGACCCUCGAUGUCACGGUAUAUACACCCACGUUGCCAUUCUCCCUUCUCCGUGUCGAGCAGCGGAGGCUUCAUAGCGGACUCCGUGCGGUGCUGCUCCGUUUGCGUUCACUAGCGUUCUUGGGUGAUGGGUUGGAGAUACAAAGCUGGUUUGGGUCUGAUCGGCACGGUUGUGCUCAUAUGGGUCGCGUCCGCCGAGGUGACCCAGAAAAUUUUCGAAGAAUACAAACAGCCCUUCGCCAUAACAUAUCUUAUGGUCUCUCUCAUGGUCGUCUUUUUUCCUAUCUCGUUCCUCAAGGACUGUAUAUGUGACUUACUUAGAAGGGACCCGUUCAGAAGACUCUACUAUAAAAUCAGUGGCAAGAGCAGCAGUUCAAGUGAACUUGACAUUCCCCUCAUAUCCAGUGAAAUGUACAACAAUGCAGAAACUAAGAAUAAGCUAAUUCCUGACUCGGACAGGGAUAUUAGUGAGAGGGAAGAGGGUUGGCCGUUGAGGUCAUUGAAUGAGGAAGGUGAACAUCCGUUACUUGACGAGAAUCCUGGACUUGAUUCAUUGGAUAUUGUCAAAUGUAGCUUAUAUCUCACCCCUAUAUGGUUUUUGACGGAGUACUUGUCGAAUUCCGCUCUGGCAAAUACCAGUGUAGCAAGUACAACUGUCCUGGCAUCUACAUCUUCUCUCUUCACACUUUUCUUUGGAGCUCUUCUUGGCCAGGAAUCCAUAAGCAUUGUGAAGGUGGUCGCCGUAUUUAUCAGCAUGGCUGGUGUUGCCAUGACUACGGUUGGAAAAACUUGGGCGUCUGAUGAGUUAUUAAGCGCAUCAGAGAUCAAAAAUCACACAAUCAUGGGGGACAUGUUUGGCCUUCUCUCAGCAGUAUUAUAUGGCUUGUUCACGGUGCUACUAAAGAAGUCCGUGGGGUCAGAGGGAGAGAAGGUAGUCGUGCACAAGUUUUUCGGAUACAUUGGCCUCUUCACUCUUCUUGGCCUUUGGUGGCUCGGAUGGCCACUACAUGCUUUGGGGGUUGAGCCCAAAUUUAGCUUCCCGCCAUCGGCAUCUGUUGGUGGAGCCUUGGUUUUAAAUGGCUUUGUGGGGAGUGUUCUUUUGGAUUACUUUUGGGCCAUAUCGAUCGUUUGGACAACUCCGCUGGUUGCGACACUAGGCAUGUCCUUGACGAUCCCCCUCGCGAUGGUGGCAGACAUGCUUGUUCACGGCCGUCAUUACUCAGCAAUUUACAUUGUCGGAUGCAUUCAGGUCUUCGCAGGAUUCGUCGUGGCCAAUCUCUCGAAUAUGUUCGCAAAGAAACCAGAAUCAUGACAAUCCGAGGGUGUUCCGGCGAAAACUUUCGACUCAUGGUGCAACUACUUACACGAGAUCUUCCCCACUGUAAAUGGCCCUCAAGUGUGUAAUACACAGGCAAAUCUCCGUGCCAUGAAUUUUGCUAAUGCCAUAUUCACAGUGAAUUAUGAGUUUAUACCCGAAAUGAUAAGGGGGAAGACAUUUUCUGA